AGAUAAUUGUCAAAAUGGAAAGAAUGAUGAUAAGGAUGAAACGAUAAAGAGGAAAUAAAUAAAGGGAUGGGUGGAUAAAAGAACGAGCGCUACAAUGCAGAGAGAAGGCCAGGCAGGAUGAUCAUGCGCACAGGGCGCUGGAGCCGUCACUACCACUGCCACUGCUUGGUGUGUUGAGAGAGAGAAGGGCUGAUCUUGCAGCUGCCGGGCUGCUCCGCUACCGGGGGACAAGGGACAGAUGCGGGGACCGCGGCGCGGCUGAGGGCGCCGACAUGCACCGCUGAAGGGGGCAGCUCCGCUCGCCAUGGCCAGCCUGUACCAGAGCACCGAGGCCGCCGCCGCCUCCCCCAACAGGUUCCUCACCUUAAAGGACGUGCGCGAAGUCAAGGAGGAGACCACCAUGGACGAGAAGCUAUUCAUGCUGGCGUGCGAGAAAGGAGACAAUUACAUGGUCAAAAAGCUCCUUGAUGAGAAGUUCAGUGAGCUGAAUAUAAACUGUGUGGACGUGCUGGGGAGGAAUGCAGUAACCAUUGCAAUUGAAAAUGAGAAUCUGGAGAUCCUAAAGCUACUACUGGAGCGGGGUUGUCAGACUACGGAUGCACUGCUGGUGGCUAUUGGCUCUGAAGUUGUCGGUGCUGUGGAUAUUCUUCUAAACCAUCGCCCCAGACGGACAUCCAAACCAACUAUAGCAAAAUUAAUGCAGAGAAUUCAGAAUCCCGAAUACUCCACCACAAUGGACGUGGCUCCUGUGAUUCUUGCUGCUCACCGCAAUAAUUAUGAGAUCCUUACCAUGCUUCUCAAACAGGAUCUCUCAUUGCCAAGACCUCAUGCUGUAGGGUGUGAGUGCACCCUAUGCAAUGCUAAGAACAAGAAAGAUAGCCUGCGGCAUUCGAGGUUUCGUCUUGACAUCUAUCGCUGCCUGUCCAGUCCAUCACUGAUCAUGCUUACAGAGGAGGAUCCUAUCCUCAGGGCCUUUGAACUCAGUGCCGAUCUGAAGGAAUUGAGUCUGGUGGAAGUGGAGUUUAGGAAUGACUAUGAAGAACUAGCACAGCAGUGCAAGACCUUUGCCAAAGAUCUCCUGGCACAGGCCCGGAAUUCCCGAGAACUGGAGGUUAUUUUAAAUCACACGUCAAGUGACGAACCAAUUGAUAAAAGAGGAUUGCUUGAGGAGAGGAUGAAUCUAAGUCGACUUAAACUAGCAAUUAAAUACAACCAGAAGGAGUUUGUGGCUCAGUCAAAUUGCCAGCAGUUUUUGAACACGGUCUGGUUUGGGCAGAUGGCAGGCUACAGACGGAAGCACACCUGUAAGAAGAUUCUGACUGUUCUAUCAGUUGUUGCCUUGUGGCCAGUACUGUCCCUUUGUUACCUGCUGGCACCAAAGUCUCGAGUGGGAAGAGUCAUUCACACUCCGUUCAUGAAAUUCAUCAUUCACACUGCAUCAUAUUUCACAUUUCUACUGUUAUUGAACUUGUACUCACUGGUGUACAAUGAAGACAGGAAAAACACCAUGGGUCCGGCACUAGAGAUGAUCGAUUACCUCCUGAUCAUAUGGAUAAUUGGAAUGGUGUGGUCAGAUGUGAAGAGACUGUGGUAUGAUGGGCUUGAAGACUUUCUGGAAGCGUCUCGAAAUCAGCUCAGUUUUGUCAUGAACUCCUUGUAUUUAGCAACUUUUGCUCUCAAGGUUGUGGCUCAUCAUAAGUUUCAUGCCAAUGGAGAUCGGAAGGUUUGGGACGCUUUUCAUCCCACUUUAGUGGCAGAGGGUCUCUUUGCUUUUGGGAAUAUUCUCAGUUAUCUGCGGCUUUUCUUCAUGUACACAACCAGUUCCAUCCUGGGACCACUGCAGAUGUCCAUGGGACAAAUGCUGCAAGACUUUGGGAAAUUCCUGGGAAUGUUCCUGCUUGUACUGUUCUCAUUCACCAUCGGACUGACUCAGUUAUACGAUAAGGAGUUUACAACAAUGGAAGGCGAGAAUUGUACCGGAAUCUUCUGUGAUCAACAGAGCAAUAUCACAUUCGACUCGUUCAUUGGGACUUGCUACGCCCUAUUCUGGUACAUUUUUUCCCUGGCACACGUGGCACUAUUUGUCACCAGAUUCACGUACGCGGAUGACUUGCAGUCAUUUGUUGGGGCGCUCAUCAUUGGCACGUAUAAUGUGGUGGUUGUCAUUGUCCUGACUAAGCUCCUGGUGGCCAUGGUGCACAAAAGCUUCCAGAUGAUAGCUAAUCACGAGGACAAGGAGUGGAAGUUUGCCCGUGCAAAGUUGUGGCUGAGCUACUUUGAUGACAAAUGUACUUUGCCCCCACCAUUCAACAUCAUCCCUUCUCCAAAAAACAUUUGCUAUCUCUUUACGAGUCUCAAUAAAUGGAUCUGCUCUCAUACCAGCACUGGAAAGGUGAAAAGACAAAACAGCCUUAAAGAAUGGAAGACCCUCAAGCAUAAGCGAGAUUCAAAUUACCAAAAGGUAAUGUGUUGCUUGGUUCAUCGUUACCUUACUGCUAUGAGACAGAAGAUGCACAGCACAGACCAGGCCACUGAAGAGAACCUGAAUGAACUACGACAAGACCUUUCCAAAUUCCGCAAUGAAAUGAGAGACAUUCUUGGUUUCAGGACAGCAAAAUACGCCAUGUUCUAUUCACGGAACUAAGAUGUAUUCCGGCUUUCAAUGGACUUGAUACUGAUGUAUAUUGUCAUAAUAUUCUGAGCAUUGUAUCAUGUAAAAGAGCUUCUUUGGUCUUCAUCAUUCAUGCCAAUUGCUUUUUAUUUAAUCAAGUUCCUGUUUAAUCAAUAUCUUAUUUAACACAAUUUAUAAGUGAACAUUUUGGAACAAUUACCAUCUGUCUGGUUUCUGCUGAAAUAAAAAGCAGCAAUACAAUGGUAAAUCACUUCUCAUAAAUAGAUACUGUCACUUUGCCAUUUUGGAGAUGACUUCUGAUAUUUAUUUCCUUUAGAAGAAACUUUGGUUAGAUGGGACAUUCUAAAAAUGCAUUGCAAUCCCACGUUGGUCAGGUAGUUGAAGGUUAUGGGGGUGAAAUUGGCCUUUAUAUUGGCAACUGAUAUAUUAUCAGGUUUCCAUGCCAUAGGUUAGCUGUUUUAACAAAGACGAGUUAAUUUGACAGAAAGUUAAUAUUUUCAUUAAAAUUGGUGACAAAAA